AAUAGUUUUACUGCGGCUCUUAUUAUAUAUAUAUUCUUUUUUGUUGAAUUAAUUCGGUUAAUAUUAAACUUGAUUGUUAUACUCUUUAAAAAGUUUAACAAUUUAUUUCUUAGUGUUACUUUAAUUAUUUCAGAAAAUGUACUUUUACCUAAAUUUGUGUAAAUACCAGUACAUAAAUUACAAAUAACAUAUUUCUUCCGUCAUCAAUUUGUGCUGUAGAUUAUUUUUAAUCUAUUAUGGAUUAUAAUUGCAUAUAUUUUAUGCAUAGUUUAUAAAUACAAGUAGUGGACCAAAUGGAUACAACAGUUCAAAUACAGGUCAUACUACAGUAUUUAUUAAUGAUGUUCCUCAAGAGAGUGUUGAAGGUAGAAUGACUAUGCCAGGUUCACUAAUGCAAAACAUAGGAGACCCUGGUUUUAAUACACUAGAUGAACCUAUUAAAACAACCAUUAUGAGGGAUUUAAAAGCUGUUGGAAUGAAGUUUAAACAUGUCUUAUAUCCCAAAGAAAAAAACUCUCUAUUGAAAGAUUGGGAUUUGUGGGGACCUUUGUUACUAUGCACUUUUAUGGCAAUGGUUUUACAAGGAACGCCUGAUGAAAUGGAAAUAGGAGAUGGAGGUCCUGAAUUUGCCGAAGUAUUUGUUAUUAUAUGGAUUGGUUCUGUGAUUAUUACAUUAAAUUCAAAAUUGCUUGGUGGCACCAUAUCAUUUUUUCAGAGUGUCUGUGUUCUUGGUUAUUGUUUGUUACCAAUAGUUUUAGCAUUAAUUGUAUGCAGAUUUAUUUUAAUGUUUCAUCAAUCAAACUUUAUGUUCUUUUUGAGAUUUUCAAUAUCAAUUGGAUCAUUUCUUUGGUCAACAUAUGCAUCAAUUGUUUUCCUUGGAGACAGCCAACCACAAGGAAAAAAAGCGUUAGCCGUAUAUCCAAUAUUUCUAUUUUAUUUCAUUAUGUCAUGGCUUGUACUCUCACACACAGUGUAGUAUCUUAAUUAUUUCUCGAUAAUAAAUACAUUUGUUGAUAUAAUAAUUGUUAAUGAUACACCAACUCAUUUGCAAUGAAUCAAUCACCUGUGCGUUAAGAGUAUUAUUUAUCAUGCUGAAAUAGUGCUAUUUACUGUUUACAUAUUUUGUAUAUAUAUAUAUAUAUAUUUCUAUAAAUCUAAACUUCUUUUUAUCAAUAUUGAUUUUUUUUUGUCAAACUUAUUUAAAAACAACUGGUUGUUUAUUUGUUUUAUUAAACUGAAAAAGUUAUAGAAAUAAAUUUUGACUUAAGUAAUGGUCUUAAAUUGCAAGUGCAAUAU